GCGCUCCGGCGGGUCCCGCCCCGCUCCGCCCCGCGCGUCAUCCCGGCUCCCCGCCGGAUUGGGCGCCGCGGCUCCCUCGGCCGAUCCAGGAUGGCGGCGCCCAGCCGGGCCGCGAGCUGCGAGGACUUCGCCGAGUUCCAGGAGCUGCUCAGGGUGAUGAGGACAAUCGACGAUAGAAUUGUUCAUGAAUUAAACACUACGAUUCCAACAGCUUCCUUUGUGGGGAAAGUUGAUCCUGGCCAGACGUGUAAAGAGCUGUACGAGUCUUUGAUGGAUGCUCACACCAGUAGAGAAAGAAUCAUCAAAAACUGCAUCUCUCAGACUUCUGCUGUAGUGAAAACCCUCAAAGAGGAGAGGGAAAAGGCCCAUGAAGAUGCAGCAUUAUUAAAGCAGCUCCGGAAAGAGCAGACAAAGUUGAAAUUGAUGCAGUCGGAGCUCAAUGUUGAAGAAGUGGUAAACGACAGAAGCUGGAAGGUAUUUAAUGAGCGGUGCCGAAUUCACUACAAGCCUCCGAAGAGUCAAUGAUGGUGUGGGAUAUUUUCCAUCAAGGUGGUCCAUAACUGUGAGAGCCAAACUGGAAAGAGACCGUGGGUGAGCUGAAUUGGGACCCUCCAGAACCAGUAGAACCCAGUCUUGUUUUGUUUUGGACCUACUUAGCUGAAUUCUCAAGCUUGAAAUGAUUCUCCUGUAAUUAAGAGAAAACAACUCAUCUUUUGUACAAAAUAUGUGAACAAAUGAGUUUUAUAGUAUUAAAACAAUUUUCAAUCGGAAUGCAAAA